AUGCCUAUGAACUUCUCGGAUGCCGCACGCCGAGGCGUCGGAACACCUGCUGUCGGCGAUGGCUUCCCCAACCCUGACGUCUUCGAUGGCUUCCACUUGUACCCGGGCGAAACCGUCAUAAACCAAGCCAAGCACAACGGGCAACGCCGGCAGCAACUUCCACGUCUUUGGAAAUGA